AUGGCCACCCAGUCUGGAAUCACCGUCCACGGUCCAAACCGACCCUACACUAUCACCAAUGACAUUCCUCGUUCGACCCCGGGGCCCAAACAGGCCCUAGUCAAGGUCCUCGCCGUAGGACUCAAUCCUGUGGAUCCAACACAACAGCACACUGGCCUCCUCGUGAAGGAAUGGCCGGCCAUCCUCGGCAGUGACGGUGCUGGCGUCGUCAUUGAGGUCGGCCCAGACUGUACCAAGCUACAGCCUGGAGAUUACGUCUACGGCUGUGCUCCGCUCGGCCAAAAUAAAUUCACUCCGUUUCAGGAAACAUUCUUGGUAAAUGAGGAUGUUUUUUUCAAGAAAUCUCCUGGAUUAUCGGUUGAAGACGGUUGUACGAUCGGUGCAGGAUUGCUGACGUCUGCGCUCUGCCUCCUGGCCGGUGUAGGGUUGGAGAUGCCCGAGAACGGAGUCAAUGCGCCGCAGAAGGACGAGUGGAUUGUUAUUCUGGGUGGUACCGGGACUGUAGGUCAGUUUACCGUACAGCUUGCUCGAGUCUGUGGGUACAAGGUGCUUGCAUCGUGCUCCCCAUCCAAGCAAUCAGUUGCAAUGCGAAAUGGUGCCAUGGCGACAUUUAACAACCGAGGGCCCAUUGACGAGCAGCUCAGCGAGAUCAAGCGAAUCACGGGUGGCAACUUUGCCCGAAUGUUUGAUUCCACCGCAGUUGGCUAUAAGGUUAUGGUCGAAGCUCUCCAGACCUGCUCUGUAGCGACUACGAAGUAUCUGGCAAGUGUUGACAACUGGUCCAAGUUCAAUACCCCACCGACAAUUAAGGAGUACCGAGUCGAUUUUGGUGAUCUCUGCCGCCUAGAUGUGCCUAAUGGAGUGGAGGUGACCAAGAACAUUGCCAGCUGGAUCCCCCGUCUUGAAGUCCACCUUGAAGCGGGCACCUUGAAGCCGAUUGAGUACCAACUUGUUGACGGGGUUGGAUGGGAGAAGAUCAUUCAAGGUAUCCAUGACCUUGAGAAUGGGAAAGCAGCUAAGAAAAUUGUUGUGAGGGUUCAGAGUGAGUGA